AUGGCCGCGCACCUCUUCGUAUCUGCCCUCACUCUCUCCCUGGCAGCUGCUUCGCCAGCGGGUUGGGACGAAUGGACCACUCCAAGCACAACGACGGCGACCACCUCUGCUAUACCUUCCACAGUCAAGACUGACCCUUCGUGGGGAGACUGGACCGCGUCCACCAAGAAGACCACCUCUACAAUCACUACGACCACUUCGACCACUACUUCUAAGAGCACAACCUCAGUGAGUACGACGUACACGCACAGCGCACCAGAUGUGCAUUGGGGAGACUGGCUCCCUCAUGGAGAUGGCUCUUCCUCGGGCCACUUCGGUGGUAAUGGAGGAUCAAGUGGUUGGGGCGAUUGGGAAAGCAGCGGCCAUUCUGGCUCAGGCGGUUCAUCUGCGGGUGGGUCUUCGUCUGGUGGUUCCCCUGGAGGAUGGUCAUACUCUUCUGGAAAUUCUGGCGGGCGUCCAGCAAUUGUUUCGGCUCCAGCACCAAUUCACACUUUGACACCUGGCUUCCGCCCUUCACACAAUGACCAAGAUCUCUCGCACCUGAGGCCGGGCAGCGCAAAGAAUCUGUUCUUUGCCCAGGGUGCUCCCAACUCUGGUAUCUCGUCCGGGUCUCUCUACGUUUCGGCUGGAACAACCUUUCAGUAUCCCACUGUCGUGCUUGACCAUUCGGCCUUUGUGACAGUUACCGUAUCUGGAUCGUCAUUGACCGUUGUCUUUGUCUCUCAACAAGCCUACAGCUACGCAACCAAAUCAUGGCCUGCUGAUGGCACUUGGUUCGUCCUCGCAACCACUGAGGGAUCCGAUGAUGGCCACUAUGUGUAUUAUUUGACCUCGUCAGUGAGAUUCAACUCUGCUACAUCUACAGCCACUUGUAACGUGAAGCCCGUGGAUCUCAACUAUGUGGCUGAGAGUUUCGACCUCGAGUGGGGUACCUAUCAGCACUCCUCGACUAGGCCGACUGGAAGUGUGUCAACAACAGUGUCCUACACGGGUCCAGGUGGAAGCCAUUCCACUACCAGCAAAGGAUAUCCUGGCUCGGUUGGAAUAUCUUCAACAACCAGCAAGGGAUACUCUGGUUCAGGCGCCACGUCAACGACGAGUGCUGCGUCAACAUCCCUGCCUACAGGCACUGACGAUAGCGAUUCAUUCGACGAACAACUUGAUGAUGCCCUGGGAUACAUCGUAUGGGAGGAAUCGGACUUCCAGAAAGACCUCAGUGAAUUUGCUGGUGGCCUGGAUGACUAUAACUGGGAUGAUUAUGACGACGAGGAUGACUACAACGACGACGCCGACGGAAUCUUUGACGAUGACGCCGACGACGAGGACAGCGACGAUGAUGUUGACAUCUACACCGAUGACGGGGACUUUUUUGAACAAAGCUCCAAGAAGAGGUCCCUUAGAAAGCGUGCCACCACCACGCGAAGUCGAAGUAACGCUGUCGUUUCAGAUAUUCGCAAAAAGGGCGCAGUUGCAUCCAAAGAUCAAGGUGCCAAGAAGAAGUCAUCAUUCAAGGACAAGAUUGUCGGCUUUGCCAAAAAGGUUGUCUCCAAGGCAUCUGACAUCAAAUCGUGGGUGGAUGGCAGCCCUCACGAAUACCAAUUGAACAAAACCUUUACCAUCCCCAACGCGACUCAGGUCAAGUACGUGCAGCAGGACUUUUUCAAAGAUGACAGCGACAAACCACUCAAUGCCAUCAAGAUCUGGGAGAAUGAUCACUUCCACGUCUACUGUGUUUCUUGCGGAGUAACGGGAACCUUGAAGGUGGCAGGUCGCGCGGCUUUCCAUAUCACCAAGGGCCUAACCAUGGGCCAACUUGAGAUGUUGGGAAAUCUGGAAGCAGGCGUCAACUUGGGCGUAGCGGCUGAGGUCAACUAUGCCGACAAAAAGAGCGUGCGACUUUUCACUCAGGGUAUUCCAGGUCUCUCAGUCCCUAACAUCAUCACUAUUGGACCAUACAUCACCCUCGAUGCCGAAGCUGGUUUUACGUUCAACGCUACCGGUCAAAUCCUCGUGGGCGGCACAGUAAAGGUUGCCAAUGCUCGUGCAGUCAUAGACCUGGUAAACUCUGGCAAUUCACAGACACCGACCUGGCAACCACAAUUCGAGCCAACCUUCAAAGCCAAGGGCGAGAUCAUCAUGGAUACCUACGUUGCGCUCCCGAUCGGUCUAGCAUUUGGUCUGGACAUUGCCAACGCCAAGUUCACUGCCGAGGUUGCCGUCACCAGUGUCCCGUCGCUGCACGCCGGUGCAACCUUCCAAGCCGAAGUCAGUCUCUCCAACGGCACCUUUUCCGGCGGUGUCAACUCUACGGCCAACGGAGCCACUAACGGUGCUUCAACGAACAAGACUUGCACUGGCAUCAACUUCUACAUCAACCUGCAGCACGAGCUCAAGGCAAAUGCGGUGGCCAAACUCUUCGGGAAGGAGAAGUAUAAGACCAAGGAUAAACAGUUGCUAAGCCCAUAUAAACUCAAUUUGGCGACCAAAUGCUUGACUCUCUCGGGAAUCAAGAAGCGUCAAUCUGAUAACACAACUACUAUUGAGGGCAGCUACGAUUACGACAGCGAUUCGCUGCUGACGCUGUCCCAGUACGCAGCCGGCACUGAUCCUUUCCCGGACAUCGACAUUGCGGUUGACGGAGAUGGUGACGGCGUUGACGACUCAGACGAGUACAACUUCCCUUCCCAGGUCUCGGAUUUCUUGGAUGAUACGUCGUCCAACUUCACGACACCGCUAGACCUCGAGGAUUCAGUGCAGUCUGGACCGGACUACAACUACACUAUCAUCUCCGAUAUAGGACUACAAUACAACCUUGCGGCUGACGACGACGGUAAUCUGCGCAUUCAGGACAUUAACUCCGAAACCUACGGUAGUGCUUUGUUCCAGGUGUUUGACGAAGUCAUCGUGGGCGACAGUCAAGGUCGCACCCUGUUCUACUACUCACCGGAGAUGACCAACUACGGCGUCUCGCGCCUCCGCCUUGGCGAUUCCGAGCACAUCCCCAUCUCCUCUGAGAUUGUUGGAUUGGUACCGUUCCUCGUCGACGAUGGCACGAAUGAUGGAGCGCUCGACAGCGUCUUUGUGGCCAUGGACACCCAAGGCAACGAGUACUGGACCGUGCUGUGCAAUUACGCGGAUGGCAGCACCCCCAGUAAAGUCUUUGUUGUCCAGGACUUUGAUGCGGGAUUGGACAUAUUGAAGCAGGGUACUCUCGAGCAGUCGGUGACUGGAGGAGCGAUCAGCGAGUGUGUGGAUUUGCCGUUGACAAACGGCCUAUCUGGUCUCUAG